AUGGGAAACGGUUUUUAUGAUAUCUAUCAGAGUUUGAGCUUUGGGACUGUGAAAAGCAAGAAAACUGGGCCAAAAACGGAAAAUGCGUUGAUAAAGAGGGUUCUAGUUGACGAUGUAGAUGAGCCAGUAGUAAAAACUAAGAAGAAAAAACAGGAUAACAACUUAAAUGCUCAAGAGUUGUUUAAUCAGACUAAAAGUAAACCGGAAGAAGUUAAGAAGAUGGUGGUCAACAAAGAAGGAAAGGUAUGUUACCUAAAAUACUGUUUAACCUUUUAGGCUGACAAGUUGAGGAAGGCAAAUCGAAUUUUCACUUGGGGUGAUGAUAUACCUGAUCCUUUAAUUGAGUUUGAUGAGCUGGAUUUGAAUAAGAAGUUGAGAGAUAACCUGGCUUUGUUCGACAUUAAAAUACCAACUCCAGUCCAGAUGCAGUCGAUUCCAUUACUUUUUGAGAAGCGGGAUUUAUUAGUCAGUGCUCCAACAGGCUCUGGAAAGACGAUCGCUUUCACGUUACCGAUAGUCAAACAGGCGCUGGAUGCUGACUUGGAGGAAAACGAAUUGUUUGCCAUCUUUGUUGCGCCUACGGCAGUAUUGGCUGAACAGGUACAAUUUAAAUAGUUUUUUGUGAAAUUUUAUACUUGUUGAUUUUAUUAAUGUUAUGUUCUUUAGAUACACUUGAACAUAACGCAACUGAUCAAAGGGCUGCCAUUAAAGUCAUUUUUGGUUACAAGUGGAGCAAAGCCAGACACAGGUAAUUUAGUUUAAACUAAGUAUUAAGUAUGUAAUAAAAAUGGCAUUUAAAGUUUGAAAUUAUACUAUUCUAAGUUAACUGUAUCUUAUAAUAAACUCUUUGAAUGUUUCCAGGUAACUUUAUUGUGUGUACCCCAAGCAAGUUUAUAAAUUGUGCCAAACACAACUUGCUAAAACGAGACGAUCUGGCUACUGUACGAUGGCUGGUAGUCGAUGAAGCUGAUCGAUUAUUUGAUACGACGGAGGGAGAUAGAAAUUUCAGAACUCAAGUAGGUAUUAGAUAGUUUUAUCGUUAGUAUGAUACGAAAAUACAUGAUUUUAACAUAAGCUUACCAACUAAAAUUACCGAAUUUAAUUUUAGUUGGGGAAGAUCUUUAGAAUGACAGACUCUGCUCACGCGAAACGCCUUUUCUUCAGUGCUACUUUCUCUUCUGAAGUCGAACGGUGGUGCAGAGACAAUCUGCAUGAUGUAGCUAUUGUUUGUAUUGGUGCAAGGUAACUUUUUUUAAAGUUUCAAUGCCUUUUUGGUUACAAAACUUUUAGUGGACUAAAAAACCUUUUAAUGAAGGAUUUUUAUCUUUGUCAAAAAUACUCUUAACAUUAUUUUAGGAACUCGUCCAACACUGAUGUUGUACAAGAACUCAAGUUCUCCGGAGAUGAAAAUGGGAAGAUAAUGUUGGUAGAAGAGAUCAUGAGGAAGGGUUUUGACCCUCCGGCGUUGAUUUUUGUUCAAAGCAAGGAAAGGGCAGGGGAAUUGUUUGUGGAGCUGAAAAGGAGAUUACCUGACAUUCCUAUGCGACUCAUGUCAGGCGAAUUGACCGUAGAAGCUGUAAGUAGCUUUUGACCCUUAUUGGUUUCAUUACUGUAAUGCUAUUCAAUUUGUUUUACAGAUCAGUUCUAGUAUUGUUUGCAGUUAACAAACUAUGUAUAAUACAAUAUUUUUAGCGAACAAAGAUCUUAAAUCAGCUGAAAUCGUUGGAAGUAUUCGUUCUGAUCUGCACGGAUAUGAUGGGACGAGGCAUCGACAUCCCCGAAGUCACUUUAGUCAUCAACUUUGAUCUUCCAACCUCGAUAGCCAGCUACAUUCAUCGUGUUGGUCGAACUGGCAGAGCAGGCCGAAAGGGAAGAGCCAUCACCUUCUACUCUUACGGUGACAUCAAGGUACUCCGACCCAUAGCUACAGUAAUCAAACAAGCCGGCUUUGAAGUGCCAGAGUAUAUUUUCGAAAUCAAAGUGAACAGGUAAGAUAAGAUCAGCUUUAAUAACCGAAAUCAGGGAUCAGAAACGAGGUUUAAAGACGAAAGCGCCGAACAGAGAAGCGUUGGGGUCGGUGAAGAAGUGGCGGAAGGUGAAGAAGGAGGCCAUCUGCAACAACAUCAUCUCCAACAAGCCCAAGUUCAUCAAGAAGAAGAAGGGCCAAAAGACGAAGCCAGGAGAUCAGAAGGAGAAAUAG